AUGAAGUCCAUUGCCGCUACUUGUAUCAUCCUUGGUUUGGGGUUGUUGACAACCUCCGUCCUGGCUCAAUCUCAGGCUGCCAAUGGUCUCCGAGGAUCCUCCCCUUCGACGUCCAAGGACGAAACUUUUCGCCUUUGGGGACGAAAGCUCCAAGCAGGCCCACCUCCGAUUGACCCUGAAAUCUUUACCCUUGCUGCCACGAUUCCCACGUUGGAUCCAUGGCUCGGCAACUACGAGACUCCCUUUGCCUUGCGCUUCACAAACUAUUUUGGCGCCAUGUGGUGGAACUGCAUUGCCGUGUACUCUACCGACUACACCGAUACCUUGACCAAGACUGAUCCCGCAGUGCGAGUUCCCGAUGUUACCCUGCACACCAAGGCCAACCGGGUAGCUUGCAUGGCGCAGAGCACUGCCACUUACAACUCCUUUUCGCUACCUGAAGCUCAGGAAGGAUACCUGGAUGUCAUCUAUGGCAACAAUCCCUUUCCUCCAGGUGCUGUCAACUACACCGGAAUUGUUGAACCCACCUUGGAUGCAUUCGUACUUGGAUGUGGUUCAGAUGUUGCGUGCCUCCAGCAAGUGGCUGCCAGCAGUCAGUACAGUCCCACCAUUAUGGGAAUGAUUGUGGCAAAGCUCGUGUAUCUCUACUCAAUAGAAGACGGAUACAAUCAAUUGGGAACGGAUGAUGGAUGUGUUGUCAGCUGCCGUGCCUACAAGGACACCACUGGCUAUGCUCCCGUCAACGAUCCCAAUAGUCAACAGGGAGCUAGUUUUGAAUCGCGAUGGGAACCCCUGCUCGAGGACAAUGGAAUGGGAUUCUUUUAUCGCCAGGAACACGUUGCCGCUCACAUUGGUGCCAAGGCAAAGUUCCGAUACAUCCCCGAGUCGGACCGACAAACUCGUGUUGCUGCAGACCCAGGAUACUCCAACAAGCGUAUCUCCGAAUCACUGCAAGUCAUUAAUCUCAUGGCUCAACUCGAUGACACAAAGAAGGUGGAAGUUGAAAUCUUUGAUGACAAGCUGGUUGUUGCCAAUGCAAUCUUCGACUCGUUCAUUGGCAAGCUGGCUUCAUCUGCGUUCGUCGACGGGGACUUGCCAGCCGGCCCCAACAGCUUUGUCAGUUUGGAGCGAUUUGUCAACUUUGUUUCGGGCUUCUUGGCCGCUGAACUGGAUUCCGCCAUUAUCGCUUGGAAGGAAAAGAUCAGUUAUGACUUGGUCCGACCCACAAGCAUCAUUAAGCGAUUCGGAGGCAAUGUCACCACUUGGGCACCUGGUGGCGUCCAAGAGUUUCCCUCAGAAAACUUUGAAGCCUACAAACGGGUCAUGCCUCACUCCGAAUACGUUUCCGGAUCAGCUUGUCUGUUCGAAGCCGGUGAAGAUUACAUUGUCAAGUACAUGCAGGAGCUGGGUCUUUCCACAACCUUUCCCGUGACCUUCAACCCCUUCCCAGCAGGCAGCAGCAGCGUCGAGCCAGGAGUGGUUCCUGCCGCAGACAUUACGCUAUCGUACUCCAGUAUUGAAGAAAUGGCUACCGUGGGAAGCCAGAGUCGCUUGAAUGGUGGAAUGCAUUUUGAAGCAAGCGUCCCAGCUGCCAAGGCUCUUUGCGACGACAUCGGGACCAUCGCCGCAGACGGAACCGUUGGCUUGUACCAAAGCGCCGCUUCCACCUAA